CUUGCUUAGAGGCCUAGUAAUACGUUGCUGACUCUAUCUUAUACGAAUUAGAUCCGACGCUGCGUUCUUGAGAGCAAAGUACCCGGGCCACCCCAUCUUCCAAGAUCCGAUGUUUUGGCCCCCCCUGUUCAACGCCUUUGCUAUCAAGGUCAGGGAAGCCGCGCAAGAGAGCUCUGAAGAUGACCGCGUUACGGCCAUUGAGAAGGUGACUCCUGAGGUCUCCGAGAAGCUCAGAAGCCUAACAGCUUAUCAGCUUGCCGUCGAUUUCCAAGCCAAUCACUUAGGACCAAUCGGAAGGAGACCUGGAGGUAGGCUUGUUGGAAGACCAACAGUCACAAUUCACGGGGUUACACCGACGAGUAGUCACGACCAUGGGUUGGGUGCUCCAGAGCACCAAGAAGUGAGUUUUUACUUUAAAGGUCUUGAUUCUCUCUCCUCUCCAGCGGUGGGCAUCGCCCUGAUCCUGUUAAAUAAUCUGUUCUCAACCCUUGUUUUACUUCUCAACAGUAGAGAGCAUCGACAACCCAGCUUCCGAGUUUCGAGUUCCAUACCUUCAAGCAACAAGCGUUUCAGGGUACCGCGACUUUCCAGGACAUUCCAACAAUACUACGCGAGAUCGACGGGAUCGUGGCCCGCGGGUAUCGCAGUACUCGACAAGUGUUGGAGUUUCAUAUACUGCUACGAGCUCUGGCAUCCCUAACGGGUGCCGGUAUCCGUUUUGGGAUCGCAACAACAAGCUCCUGAGUGUUUUGUCAUAUUUCUGCUCAACGGGCAGAUAAUCAACGGUAUCGCUGCCCGGUUUCUGACGACUGGAUUUGCCGGGACUUGAAACGGAUCAGCCUGGUGAGCAGA